AAACAUCUUCACCUUAUAUAAUUAAACAUAUUAAUUCAUUAGUUUAGGAUAAUCUCAGGAUUCCAGAAGAAAACAGAGCCUACAACUUGAAAUCUGCCCACUCCUGCUGUGGAACACUUGUUGUUGACUAAGGGAUUUCAACAGGGCGGGACUUGCUACUCUUUCCUUUUCCACGGGCUGCUGUUCCUUGUGGUCUAAAUAGAUUUUUUUUCCCCUUGCAACUGGGGAAGUGUCGGAAUGUGGGCGGGGUAGGGGAGACGCCGUCCUGCAAGCGCGCUUGGCUGGGUUACUAGAAAACGGCUCUCCGCCUCGCCUGCGCCUCCGUCGGUGCCGCCCAGGAGCGCAAGGAAAACAGCCGCGGUUUGGCAAUGUGGCGGCUUCUCCGCAGCAGCCUCCUGCAGCUCGGCCGUCGGGGUUCUCCCUCCCUCAUGCCUCCUGGUGCGUUGGGGAGCUUUGGGGUAAGACCCAGAACUGUAGCCUCGAACCAUGCAUAUAGCACAGGUGAGAGGAACGCCACUAAGCCCACUGAGCGCUUUCCGCUACCUAAGGAGGAGGAUUUGCCAAACGAUAUAGCAGAGCUUAUGAAGAGAGAAGAAGCAAAGCGUGGGUUUUUGCCCAACGUGCUCAAGGUGAUGUCUCACCGCCCAGUAGAACUCAGAGCAUUCCUUGCUUAUUUCAGUGCCGUCGUGAACAAGGAGACAGGAAACCUUAGCAUGGCUGACAAAGAGCUCAUUAUCGUGGCUACGAGUGUUGCAAACAAGGUCCCCUACUGUGCAAUUGCACACAGUGCCUUACAUCGGAUGUACUCUAAGAAACCAGUGCUGGCAGAUCAGAUCAUGGUGAACUGGAAAAUGGCUGACCUAAGUGAUCGCGAGGUAGCCAUGCUCGAGUUUGCACUCGCUGUCUGUCGAGCAGAUACCAUCACCAAAGAACACUUUCAGAAGCUGGAGGCACACGGGUUUGACCGAGAAGAUGCCUGGGACAUAGGCGCCAUUUCAGCCUUUUUUGCCAUGGCAAAUCGCAUAGCUCAGUUCACAGAUAUGCAGCCAAACCCAGAAUACUACACCAUGGGAAGGACACUGAGAGAGAAAGAGAAGACCAAAUAGCAUCCAAAUCUUUGGAAGGAAAUUGGACUCCAGAUGCUAGGGCCAAAGUUCACUAAUUAGUAAGUGGCGGGUACAAGUUAAAAAUGGCAGUCAAAGAAUCCAAUGAGAAGGGAAAUGUACUUUCUAUUGCACAAUAGUCCUGAAGUGCUAUUUUUCUAGAAAAAGAGGUGCUGGAACUCACCAUGAAUGCCUCCCUUGUUCUCUUAUAAUGGCACCCACUUAAGAGGUGCUGGAACUGAGUUCAGGUAAGCCCCCCCCCCCCCCCGAAAAAAAGCCCUGCUGAAGAGGAUAGCCCUUUACAAGUACUAUAUAUAAACUAUACCCCUAUAUAUCUUCUUAGGAACAUUUCCAUCUGCUCCAUCUCAAACUCAAAUCAUAAAGAUGUGAAAGGUUUCCCAAGUUAUCUGUUAAAAUUAAUAGGGUGAGCCUACGAAGAGUAAUUACGGAGCCUCUCAUUUCAUCAUCCUGUGUCUUCCAGGAAGUCAAUAUUUAACCCUGGUAUGCUAGGAAGCCAGUGAAAAUAUAAAGCUAAAUAAAUAACCAAGAAAGUAAAUCUCUGCAGGUUUAAUGAUGUACUUUGAUCAUUGGAUUCCAUUUCAGACUGGUAAAUAAGUAAGAUAAAAAUGGUCAAG